AGGAGGUGGCUAAGCGAUUCUACAACGAGGGGCAGUCCGGCCUGCUUUUCCUCCCUCAACCGGCCCAACGACCCGCCUCCAUCAGGCUGACCACUCCCCUGGGCUGGCCUGCUGCACCGGGCGCUAACAGCCCAGGCUGCGGGGACAGCCAGCGUUCCUGGCCGGCUGGGUGCAGCUCUCUUUUCAGGAGAGGAAGCUCUCUUGGAGGAGCUGGAAAGGUGCCCGACCCGGCCAUGCUGGCGCUGCUGUGUUCCUGCCUGCUCCUGGCAGCCGGGGCCUCGGACGUCUGGAUGGGAGAGGACCUGGUGGAGCCCAGCUUUGACUUGGCGGAGCGGAUCCGAGACAUGCACGCCAAGGUCUCGGAGAUCUGGCAGAAGCUCACGCAGCGGCGGGACGACGACGACGUGCUCCACGCCACCUGCCAGGUGCAGCCCUCGGCCACGCUGGACGCCGCGCAGCCCCGGGUCACCGGCGUGGUCCUGUUCCGGCAGCUCGCGCCCCGCGCCAAGCUCGAGGCCUUCUUCGACCUGGAGGGCUUCCCGGCCGAGCCGAACAGCUCCAGCCGCGCCAUCCACGUGCACCAGUUCGGGGACCUGAGCCAGGGCUGCGAGUCCACCGGGCCCCACUACAACCCCCUGUCCGUGCCGCACCCGCGCCACCCGGGCGACUUCGGCAACUUCGCGGUGCGCGACGGCCGCCUCUGGAAGUACCGCGCCGGCCUGGCCGCCUCGCUCGCGGGCCCGCACUCCAUCGUGGGCCGGGCCGUGGUGGUCCACGCCGGCGAGGACGACCUGGGCCGCGGCGGCAACCAGGCCAGCGUGGAGAACGGCAACGCGGGCCGGCGGCUGGCCUGCUGCGUGGUGGGCGUGUGCGGCCCCGGGCCCUGGGCGCGCCAGGCGCAGGAGCACUCGGAGCGCAAGAAGCGGCGGCGCGAGAGCGAGUGCAAGGCCGCCUGAGCGCGUGCCCCCCGACGGCGGCCAGGGACCCCCGGCGCCCCCCUCUGCCUUUGAGUUUCUCCAACAGGCACCCUCCACCCUGGGGUCUCAUCUUCGCCUUUGCUGAAGUCUCUCUGCAGCCCUCCCCACCCAGGUCUCCCUUCUGUGCGCCAAGACCCUCCACCCUUUGCAUCCCGAGAACCGCCCAACCCUCGGAGCCCCCCACUCAGUGUGUCGAGGGCCUCCAUUUGUACUGAAACACCCCGUCCACGCUGACAGCCUCCUAGGCUCCCGCAGGCCUCUUUCCACCCGGACCCUCCUCCCCCAACCCUGUAAGACCUGAGUACCAGCCUCUGACCCUCCUCCCCCCACCCCAUAAGGCCUGAGACCCCACCUCUGACCCUCCUCCCUCGCCCUAAAAACCCUGAAUCUCCGCCUCUGACCUGACAAUCUUCUCUCUUCCCGCCUUCAGAUCCCUCCUAGGCGCUCGCUCCUAGGCCCCUCUGGGGGGUUACCUAGAGUCCUCCUCCCCCUCCCCACCCACCACCGCUCCGUGGCCAGCCGGCCGGUGCAGCGGAUGUCAGGCCAACUGCCCGGCGUCCUGAGCUGUUUCCCCUCCACCGCCACCCCACUGAGAGCUGCUCCUUUGGGGGGAUAUUUGGCGGUCUUCAUAUUGCACAUUAAAAAUUCAGCAAUUCAGUACUGCGUCGGGGCCUUGGUUACUUUUUUGUUUGUUUUAGGCUUCUCUCCCAGGCUCAGUUUUUUUUUUUUUUCUUUUUUUUUUUUUUAAGUGGCAAAGCUAUUUCCCAAAUCCCUGCAGGACUUCUCCUGAACCUCUGCCCCCACCCCGCUAACCCUACUGGCAACAACGCUCAGCCAGUUUGUCUUGCCCUUCAGUGUGGCUCCAAGAGGAAGGUCACCAGAAUCACUCAGGGAAAUU